UGUGACAAUGGAUGCCAUCCGGGUUGGAAAGGCGAUUAUUGUCAUGAAGAAUGCGAUGGUGGAUAUUAUGGACUAGAUUGUAACAUGCAGUGUGGAAACUGUUUGGACUCGGAACAAUGUAACCCAAUCAAUGGAACGUGCGUAAAUGGCUGUGAUGAGGGUUUUGAAGGAAUUCUCUGCAACGAAACCUGUAAAAACGGAACAUUUGGACAAAACUGUCUGGAGACUUGUAACGAUACAUGUUAUGGCUGUAACAGAACAAAUGGUAAAUGUGAAACGGGAUGUCAUCCUGGAUGGAAAGGAGACUACUGUCAUGAACCUUGUGAAAACGAAACCUUUGGACGCAACUGUCUGGAGACGUGUAACAGUACAUGUUACGGAUGUAAUAGAACAAGUGGUAAAUGUGAAACUGGAUGUCAUCCAGGGUGGAAAGGCGAUUAUUGUCAGAAGGAAUGCGAUGAUGGAUUUUAUGGACUAAAUUGUAACAUGAAGUGUGGAAACUGUUUGGAUAUGGAACAAUGUAGUCCAAUUAACGGAACGUGCAUAACCGGCUGUAACGAGGGUUUUGAAGGGAUUUUAUGCAACAAAACCUGUAAAGAAGGAACAUUUGGACGCAACUGUUUAGAGACUUGUAAUACUACAUGUUAUGGCUGUAACACUACAAAUGGUAAAUGUGACACUGGGUGUCUUCCAGGAUGGAAGGGUGAUUAUUGCCAUCAAGUGAUGCGCAAUGCCACCAUAUUAAUGGGUCGUGCUUAUAUGGCUGUGCAGCAGGCUACAACGGAACUCAAUGUUUUGAAGGUGACGAUAUGGCAGAAUUCUCUGGUUUUAAAAAGAUAA